AUGAACGACCCGAAACCAAACCGAGAGAAAGACGGGGUGUUGGCUUCCUUGGACGAGGAGAACGCGUCUGGAAGCCAUGACAUCAAUCGACAAAACGGCGGUUCUGUUGAACAAGACGAUCUCGUGAAUGUGGAACAGAACGGGGAUCCAACGAAAUUGAGCUCACCCGGGGUAUACGGCGUUGGUCCCGGUGCCGUCAGUGUCGGGCCUUCGUCUGUCACAUCAUCAUCCAACAAUAGGCAAGCACAACAGCUUAGUCAGAUGGAGCAGGAUGUGGCAGUGAAACAGGCUGCAAAAAAUAGCAUGCCCAGUCUUCCUGGCGCAUACCCAGCGGGACCUGGAUCAGUGGUGUCCUCAUCAAGUAUCAGACAAGUACAGCAACUAGGUCAAAUGGAGCAGGAUGUGGCUGUCAAACAGGCCGCCAAAAAUGAAAUGCCAAGCCUUCCUGGAGCUUACCAAGCGGGACCUGGAUCAGUGGUCUCUUCGUCCACCAGCAAGCAAGCUCAGCAGCUCUCGCAAAUGGAGCAGGAUCUAGCAGUGAAACGGGCUGCAAAAAAUAGUAUGCCCAGUCUUCCAGGUGCAUACGCAGCGGGACCUGGAUCAGUGGUGUCCUCAUCAAGUAACAAACAAGCACAGCAACUUGGUCAAAUGGGGCAGGAUGUGGCAGUCAAACAGGCUGCAAAGACCCCAAUGGCAAGCGGUCCUGGGUCUUACUCGGUGGGGCCCGGAUCAAUGGCCUCCCUGUCCAGUAGCACACAAGUGCAGCAGUUGUCCCAAAUGGAGCAGGAUGUGGCGGUGAAGCAGGCAGCAAAGAGCCCAAUGGCAAGCGGUCCUGGGUCUUUCUCUGUGGGGCCCGGAUCAAUGGCCUCCUUGUCCAGUAGCACACAAAUACAGCAGUUGUCUCAAAUGGAACAGGAUGUGGCGGUCAAACAGGCAGCAAAGAGCCCAAUGGCAAUUGGUCCUGGGUCUUACUCGGUGGGGCCCGGAUCAAUGGCCUCCUUGUCCAGUAGCACACAAGUGCAGCAGUUGUCCCAAAUGGAGCAGGAUGUGGCGGUGAAGCAGGCGGCAAAGACCCCAAUGGCAAGCGGUCCUGGGUCUUACUCAGUGGGGCCCGGAUCAAUGGCCUCCUUGUCCAGUAGCACACGAGUACAGCAGUUGUCCCAAAUGGAACAGGAUGUGGCGGUCAAACAGGCUGCAAAGACCCCAAUGGCAAGUGGUCCUGGGGUUUACUCGGUCGUAACCGGAUCAAUGGCCUCCUCUUUGAGUAGCAGGCAAGUGCAACAAUUGUCCCAAAUGGAGCAGGAAGUGGCAGUGAAGCAGGCAGCAAAAAAAGCAUUUGUUGGCAGCCCUGGAACAGAAGAGGAUUUGUUAGUGAAACAGGGGGCAAGUGCUGGUUCAUGGAGUACUGGUGCUGGUAUUGGCCCCAGUAGUAAACAGGUGGCUGAAGCGGAGCAGGCCGCAGCAGCAAAGGAAAGGAAUGCAUACCCUUCACAGAGUCUUGCCAGAUUGAGUACGGACGAAAACAUGCGGAUGGGAAAUAAUGCCCACAUCAAGAAAAACUCGGACUUCGUGGAACCUAUGCCACAACUGGACCCUCUUCCAGUUGUGCCAACCCAGAACUCCAAUCGCAACUACGGGGCCCCGCUCACGUCGCCGACGACGGUACCGGGGCCGAUGGAGAUAUCCAGAAGAACAGACCACGAAGAAAAAAUUGAGCAUACUUCGACUAUGGAUUUGGCGGUUGCCAUGCCUGUCAUGGAGGAUGAGGAGUCAGAGCUACCACGGCAAAUUGCUACUCCAGACGACAAACCCGCCUUUCAGCCACAGAAAAAAUUCCCGAUUUUCUAUGUUUCCGCUGGUAUCAUUAUUUUUGUGCUGGUCAUCACAAUUGGAUCCAUUUGUGGGAGUGGUCACUGCGCGAGCGGUGGUGACAGUGAAGCAAUGGAAUCUGCAACUGCCAGAGAUGCGCUGAGGCAAGACUUCCAGCUGCGAAUAACAGCUGGGUUAGGUUAUGUGCAUUCUGGCUUGGAUAACGAGAAUUCGGCCUAUGAGAAUGCCCUGGAUUGGGUGUUAAACUUUGAUCCACAGCAAUUGGAUCCUGAUGCAGACAACUUGUUGCAACGGUUUAUCUUGUCCCUUCUCUACUACGAGACAACAGCAAGGAAACCCUGGUAUUCCUGCAACCCACCGCUUGGUGCACAGGAAGACACCUGCAAAUUUUUCAUUGAUGGAUCCCAGGAACAGUGGGGUAUUCGAUGGCUCACUGACUCUCCUGAGUGUCAGUGGGGGGGCGUAAAGUGUGAAUCGGGGGUCGUUACUUCGAUCCGAUUGACUUCCCACGAAAUGAAUGGUCAACUGCCAGCUGAGCUGGGCAUGCUUCCAAAGCUGUCCAAGCUAGAUCUCUCCACUAACGAGUUGACGGGGACUAUUCCGUCCAGUCUCAUGGUACCCGACCUGGAUCUAGGAGUCAAUCAGUUCGCAGGGACGAUUCCGGCCGAAAUCUUCACUAACCCUAGUCUCGGGCGUCUUUUUCUUUCAAACAAUACAUUGACCGGGACGCUGCCCACAGAGGUUGGGCUUGCAUCAGAUCUCGUUUCGUUGAAUCUACGAUUCAAUCGGUUGUCGGGUAUCUUGCCCAAUCAGCUGUUUGGCCUUUCAAACAUGCAGUUCAUGAACCUGGCAGCAAAUCAGUUCACAGGUACACUUUCUGAAGCAGUUGGGGGUCUUGUGAAUUUGACGUAUUUCAAUUUCGGUCACACUUUGGUGGGCGGACGCUUGCCCUCCGAGCUGGGAAAACUAGAAUUUCUUAGGGAACUACAUAUUCAGAACACUUUCAUAAGUGGCACAAUUCCGGAAGAGGUUUACAAGGGGUCCAGCGAAAUCAUAGCUUUCAACUUUGAAGAUUGCAAUCUCUCUGGAACGAUCAGCACCAGUGUUGGACUGCUCACUAAUUUGCAAAGGCUGUUGCUAGCAAACAACAACUUGUCAGGAACGAUUCCUGAGGAAUUGACCGCUUCAACCAAGCUGUCCAAGUUCACGGUAAACGGGAACCAGCUAUCCGGCUCGUUUCCAUCAGGACUUUGUUCCAAUUUGUUUGCAUCUAAUGACAACCACUUUGCAGCGGACUGUGAGCCCGAAAAGGGCACAGGGAUUGCAGCCAUGCCUUGCCUCUGCUGCACAGAAUGUUGUGAGGCAUCAACUGGUAUCUGCAGCGAAGUAUAG